AUGAUGACAAACAACAACACUACCAGCAAUAGCAAUACCGUUAAUAAAAUACCUAACGGUAAGCCGCCGCCACCACCACCACACGCACAUACUCUGUCUUCGUUACCACGCUACGGCAGCGCACGCCGUGAGCCGAAAAUUAACGAACGCGCUGAAAGUUCGCUCUCACACGAGCCACCCUACAGCCAGCAUCUUGCCAAUCAGAAUGGACAACGCACAACCACAGCCGAUCGUUAUUUACGCCUCACGCAGGACCAUUUCAAUCACAAUCACGGUCCCUACGGCAGUAUUGGUAGCAACAAACAUCCUAAUACGCUGAGUGGCGAGCGUUCACCGCGUGAGAGCGAGUGUAAUUACAUACACAAUAACUCUCAUUAUUCGCUGCCCUUGGAUCAUGCAUUGAAUGUCGUUACCCCUACACCGACGCCUCCAGCGUUGCCUUUACGCAACGGACAGCUGAUGCCCCUUAACAGCAAUAAUACGGGCAUGCAGCGUAUGCCAGCUUAUAAUAAUAACAAUUGUAGUAAUGGUUAUGCUACGAUAGGCGGCGGAGGCAAUCAUUUUAGUGGUGGCGUUGCCAUUGGCGUCGGUGGCAACAACAAUAAUGGUAGUUUAAGACGUUAUCACUGAUAUACGCUUAAGGGCGGUUGGUGCGGCACAAGCCGCAGCGCCUACUAUGAGAAAUACGAAUGCGCCUAUGAACAUCCAACAACGGCAAAUCGAAAUAGCUUCGAGAUGUGUACAUUUGUGAGGCCGUAAGAUGAUUAAAUAGAACUAGCUUAGGGCUAAGGACAAGAAGGGAAAGUAAUAGAAAAUGUAAGGAACCUAAUAGAGCAAAGAUCUACAAGAAAUAGAACAUAGUCACUAUAAGGAUCAAUCAUAUAUUUUUAACAUAAAUUUCGCGAAGUUUACAGAAAUAUGCUGCGGAAAACAGUUCUGAAGGAACAAACACUGCCGUAGAACAAAUAAAUUUGAAAGUCCACAAAAUUUUGUAUUGAAGCUACGCAAAUUACUAGAUUUGAUACAUUACUUUAUAGAUGCCAUAAAUCAGAUGUAGUAGCGUUACAAAAAUAAAAACCCAGAAACCAAAUAAAGUCCGUGAGGAGUUGUAAAAAAAUAUGAGUUAAUGAUUAUGCCAAUGUGAAGUUCUAACUCAUCGAAAGUAUCUCGAGAGCUCAAAAAAAUAUCUUUCGGCUGAUCGCAAUUUUAGUGCAUCUGGUUCAAAUCAGGACUGUCCGAAAAAUUGAUCUUAACAAUGUUCUAGGAGAAGGUAUUGCUGGAAGGUACAAUAUUCAGUUGCUUUAAAGCGUGUUUUUUUAAAGGAAGGCCUCCUGGAGAUCUGUACGAAAUCAGGCACAUAUUGAUCCAUACUUUAUAAAAAUUUUUGAAUUUAGGUUUCCCCAUUUAGUCCAGUUUAUUUACGUUGCUUAUAAGAGCAGAAUCCGAAAUUACAUACUUAUUAUGGUGCUAAAUCUAGAUAAGUACGAGUACUUACAUACUUUUUGAUCAGCUACCAAUAAGUUAUACUUUUCUUUCGUCUUUUCCUGCUAAAAAGUUAAGGUUAUUCAAUCUUUUAAAAUCUUGACGUUAAUCAAUAAAAGGAGAGCCGUUUCACAAUUUUCAAGUCCUUUUCCUUACAAUGAUCUAUUAGUCAGUGUUGGCAUAAUAAUAACUUUUAUAAUAAUAUUUCCAUGAGUUCCCAUAUGUCUUUACAAAUCCACGCUGUACACAAAAAACUAAAGCCGUUGUUCAUAGCGCGUUAUUGAUCGUUGCCAUCAUCGAUAUCGCAUUAUUGUAUUCACUAGUGAUUUCUUCAAUCAUACAAAGUAGGCAGCAAUUUUCGUGAUUUGGUUUUCGUAUUAAAAACCGUUAACUUGUAGGUUUUCCACAAGCAGCUUUAGUUUAUUAUUGAUUGUAAAUUUAUCGGAUAUUUUUAUGUAUAAGUAAAUUAGCUUUAAAGCACAAUUAAAUCGACUUGUCAACAUAAUUAGUUAACGCAAUGAUUGGCAAGGCAAUGUGUCUCCAAUAGAUAUUGGUUAGCAUAUUUAUGCAUACAUACUAUAAAUGUGCAGUUAUGUAUGAUAACGCUGUAAAUUUACUUGCAAACUCGGAAAAAUACGUGUAUUCAGGCAAAAGCAUUUUUUUGUAAUAUAACGACUAGCAUACAUAAAUUGUAAACUUUUUUCUUGCAACAUGUAUUAAAUAAUUAUAAUUUAAUUGGUUUUUAUUUGUAAAUAAAUAUAAUUAUGAUUUUAGUCAAAGCGGUUAAUUGAAAAGCACAAACACCAAAAUAUGCAUACAAGUAUGGUAGUGUGUGUAUGUACUAAAAAAAUUUUGAUGAAUCCGAAAAAAAUAGAAAACGGUAAAAAAUUAAAAAAAUAAAUAAAAUUAAUUGCCAUAAAAAAAUAAUUAUCGCAUAAUAUGCUACUAAGCUACGGUAGGAGACGAUAAAGUAAUUAAAAAAAUAAAAAAUGUUAAAUAAAUAAAAUAUUUCUCAUUUAUUGCGCGCAACUGUGGCGUAAAUUAUAUAAUUCGUGCAUAAACGCAUGCACACACAUGCGUAUAUUUAUUGGCGCGUGAAAAAAGACAGAAAAAUGUAUGAAUUGCGACAAUUGAUUUUCAGUGAUCUAAAUAUUAAGUUUAAAAUUAAUUAUUUGUAAAUAUUAAAAAAUAAAUUUUACAUAUGAAUAUUGAUAAUUAUAUAUACAUCUAUAUGUACAGAUAAGUUAAAAACUAUAUAAAAAAUCAAAUUAUAUUGAGAGUACUAUAAAAAAUAAAUGCAAGCAAUCAUAUAUGAAAUAAAAUGAUAAUUAUUUAAAAAAACACAAAUAAAACAAAUAUAUAUAUAUAAAAUAUUAAUUAAAUGAAAAAAAAAAUUAUGCAGCUAGCAAAGAUAUUGAACACCUAUAUUUGUAAAUAUUCAAAAACAAGCAAUAAUUGUACGAAAUAUUACACAAAUCAAACUAGAGUACGAGAGAAAAAUUAAAGCAAAAAAAACUUUAUAUUUGCAAUUAAUUACGAAACUUAAUAAGCAAAUAUAUAAUUGUAUUAUAUUGUACACUUCUCAAUAAUAUUGUCUUACACAAAAAAAAAAAAAAUAAAAAACGACUUAAAACUAUUACGAAUUAAAUUAUUAUUGGCAACAACUUAUGUGUUAGUCACUACAGUCAGCAAUAAAAAUCUGCAAACACAAAACCAUAUAUUGAAAUUAUAAAUUUUAUUUAUUUUUAGUUUAGUAUUCUACUUAAUCCUAAUUAUGAUUUGCCCCAUUUGAUGAUAUGCUGUAUGUAUUUAUUACAACUUUUACUCUGAAAUAAAACACACAAACACGUAUACUUAUUACAAGAACCAAUAUAAUUUUUGGUAGUUAUUAUAUUUUUCGAUUGAUUUUGAUUUGCGUUUACGGAAUGGUAAGUUAAGUUAAUUAAUGAAAAAAGUGCUUUCUAAUAGGUUAACAUUUUUUUUUUGCAUUUUGCACAUAUAGAGGACAUAACCUCAGCAGAAAAGAACACACGCAAUUAAUAUGAAUUUUUUAUACUCUUGCAGCCAGUUGCUAUAGAGUAUUAUAGUUUUGUUCACCUAACGGUUGUACGUAUCACCUAAAACUAAUCGAGAUAGAUAUAGGGUUAUAUAUACAUAUGUAUAAAUGAUCAGGAUUACGAGAAAAUUUGAAAUCCGAUUGACUGUCUGUCUGUCCGUCCGUCCGUCCUUCCGUGCAAGCUGUAACUUGAGUAAAAUUUUAGAUAUCUGGAUGAAACUUGGUACGUGGUUGCCUUAGUACAAAAAAAGUUCGUAGAUGGGCGUAAUCGGACUGCCACUCCCACAAACCGCCAUUAACCGAAAAUACAUAAAGUUCCACAACUAAGUAUUAAUUAAGAUAUAAAGUUGUAAUUUGGUACAGAGGAUAGCAAUGGCAAGGGGCACACGCGGACAUUUUUUUUUAAGUGGGCGUGGCCCCGCCCUCUAACAAGUUUAAUGUACAUGUCUCCUAAACCACUUGAGCUACAAUAAGCAAAUUUGGUGAGCACAAAUCAUGUAAGAACUUCUACCGACAUUGUGAAAAUUGAUGAAAUCGGAGGAUGAGACCGCUCACUCAACAUAUACAGCAGUAACUGUUAAAAACUACAAAAAGCCGAUAAAUUAAUAACUAUAUCUAUAUCUAACUAAUCACUUCAUUUAUUCAGUUUCCAGUACACAAAUCAAGAAGCAAUUAAUAUAACAGGAUAAAACUUUGCGCGACUAAUUCUUUAAUGUGUGCCACCUUAUGACCAAAAAUUGUUUAAAUCCAAUAAAAACUGCUCAAGCCCCUAGACACUGCAUGUGUGGACCAAAUGCUUAUAGUUGACCUUAGAUCGAAAAUGCCGGUCAAUAUGUGAUAUAGAUAGCAGAAAUUAAGGGAUAAUCCUUCUUUAUAAUGGUAUGUCUGUAUGUCAAAAAUAGUAAGAAAAAGUAAAACCCAACAGAUGAAAUAUACAAGAUACUUGCUCAUUUUUCUCAUAUUAUCAUAUAUGUAUGUAUGUACGCAUAUGAACCUUUUUAACAAGAAUAACUACAAAAUUAAUUUUCGCAGAUUUUUAUAAUGUUCAUUGUGGCUCAUUUACAAAUUUCAACGUUGCAUUUAUUUUUAGUCAAUUAAUGCAAUUCAGUAAUUAAACUCUGUUAGACCCGCUUUAUUCCAUAAUCAGAGCCGCCGCUAGAAAAACUAGGCCCAGUGGUAAAAGAAGUGACCCCCUCCCCCCCUUAUUGGAAUAUUUCUAAUACUUUAAUUAUUUUCCCACUUACUGCGUCAAUGAUUUUGAAGAAAUCAGACUUCUUGGCUAGAUCUGCCUCUAGGCUCAGUGUAGCUUGACAUCCAGCCCUGUGACGAGCAAGAUCGCUGAAAAUUGUUGAUCUUUGCUAAAGCACAAAACGAACGUUUACCAGUUCAAACAGAAACGGGUAAAGUAAAGUCCUUCACGGCAUUCAAUAAGUUGAAUGGAGUAGGACAGGUUUCAACCUUUGCAUUGUAAACGUGUCUGAGGUGAAUAGCUUCAUUGAAAACUGUUUAAAGGAUCGCGUUCAUAUUUGGCAUAUUAAUUAAGGACAGUCCUACCAACUUAGCAAAAUACAGUUUUUUGUAUGGUAAUUUACCCGGGGAAUUUAUUUACAAUUUUCUGGUGCUCUUUUGUCACAAUAUACAUAAUACAUGAUUUAAAAGGAAUGAUUAAAAAGCGAUUAAAAAGCGGUUUGGAAGUUACGCAUAUUAAGCCAUUAAGGGGGACGUGUACGAAUACUUUUUUUUAAUUUUCUUUACAAGAUGCUCGUCACUUCUGCGAUGACCUGUACCACGUUUUACAUUUUAGUAUGGAACUUAGUUAUAGCACUUUAUAGUUUUUAGAUAUAUGUAAAUAUUUAACCCUUCAUCUAUUUAUACUAGUUUUAAUUGACACAAACAGCCAACUGAACAAAACUACUAUACACUGCUGCAACGUUUGGGGAGAAUGUAAAGAUCAAAUCCACCUUAGAUCAGACUAGAAUCUGACAUCACCGUCUUCAAGGCAAGAAAUAUUUACAAAAAUUAAAAUUUUUAGUGAAAUUUGUUAGUAGAAAAAAUAUUCACUAUAAUUUGUCUAAAAUGUUACAUCCAAAUAAUAUAAAGAUAUCUUUGGAAAAGGUGGAUUCACAAUAGUUGAAAGAUAAAUUGUUUCAAAUUCUUUCAUCAGCUUCCAGGAAUGUUUCUUUAAUUUGUAUGAAUAGUAAAUUUAGAUACCCAUUUUACAACGUAGUUGACUCAACUAAAUGACUGCUGUGAAUUUAAAAGAGAGAAAAUUUAGAGAGCUUUCUCAUUUCCGUGAAAUGAUCGCCUCUGCAAGAAAUAUGUAUGAGUGCAAGCGAUCUCAAAAAGUUCUGCUCCAACGUCUGCUACCAAAAGUAAAUUGAUUAAUUUUGAACUGCUUACUGAAGACCUCAUAUGGGAUAAAAAUAAAUUGGAAGGCUUUUAUGCCAUGUUUAUCUCCAGCAGAUCCAAGUAUUUAUAUACAUAUUUAUUUUUUUAUUUAUGAACUUAAUGUCUAGUAUUAAUAUAAUAAAAUUCUUAGAGAUUGUUUAGCUUUUCACCCCAUAAUCUGACUUUAUCGCACAAGUUGCGAACAUAUAUGCAUAUAACUGUCUUUAUAUAUUAUUAUUAUAUUUUUAGUAUAAUCAAGUGUUGAUGCUGCGCUUUCUGAGAAUCACUAAAACGUUUUAAAUAUCAUAAAUCAUCUAAAUGGUAGCCCAUGCAUACAUAAAUAUAAUAUUUUCCAGCGUUUACAUUUUUGGAUAAUGAAAAAGGCUUCGGGGAAAACAAAGAUAUUCGCAAAAUUUUCCAGCAAGUUAAUUAAAACAAUUUCUCGACGCAGAUAAUCAUGUUUAAUGCAUGAAAUGGAAAUUUUUAUUCGAGAGCAAAUAAAUUACUAAUAUGAAAAUUAGUGCUCGCACAUACAUACAUAUAUAGAAACACAUGCGACUAGUGGAAGUUUGACAAAAUGUUGUGUGAUCUAAUAUUAUGCUUUUGAAAUCACAAUAAAAGUGCGAAUAUUAUUUUCGAUAAAACCUCAAAAUUUUACUAAAAAUCAUUAUUCGCAUACCAUUAUUUAUAAGCUUGCAUAUAUGUACUUAUGUAUUUUUAUGCAUUUCUAAUUCAUCAGCGCAUUAAAAUGCAAAUUAAAAUUAAAAUAUUUUUGCAUUUUGGGCACAAAUAUUAGCAAAAAAUCAUAACAUAUAAUUUAAAUUAUUUUUUGCUUUGUUUUGAGCCAGCUUUCGUUUUCAGAUUGUCAUACUUUUAUAAUCUAAAUAUGUGUAUGAAUAGGCAGUGCUGUUAGUGGUUAUUAUAAAUAUUUGCAAAAUUAUCUAAAAUGCUGCAUAAAUUUAUGUUUAUUAUAUGCGUGCGUUAUACGAAAUCCAUUAAAAGAAAGUAUAGAAUUUCGCUCUAAAUUAUGGCGGCAAAAUGCACAAAUAUAAUUCAUCAGCGAAUAAUUUGGAUUUAGAUUUAUUCAUUCAUAUAUCGGAAAAUGUUGAUUACCAUGAAAUAAUAACUCAAUGGUCGUUCAAAAAAUAUAUACAGCUAUUAAGUAAUCAAUUUACUGGAAAACAAUUUUAUUUACUAUUUGGUUUUAUUUAUAUAUUUGAUAUUUGUACUAAAAUUGAAAUUCUAUUUUAUAAUAUUUAUUGCAAUAAAUUGUAUAUGUGUGAAAAUUGUAGUUUCCUAAAAAAAUUUAGAUUAAACGUUUUCUUAGGACUACAUUCUCUAUUUACUAAAAUUUAUAACUUUCUAAAAAUUUAUUUAUUUUACAUAUGAUUUUCUACAAUUUCCAAAUAUUGCUGUUUGUAAAAAUUAUAGUUUUAUACGAAAUUUUAGUUAAUUUUUUUUUAACCAAAUUUUCUAAAAGUUUCAUACUCUUUUUGAAAUUUAGAAUUUUCUAAAAAUUUCGAGUUAAAAAUUUAAUUCAAUUUGUUUUUUGUAUAAUUUUCUACAAUUUAAAACUAUUGCUAUUAAUAAUAAACAAUUUCAAUUGUUAGACACAAUAAGCUAGAGUUGUUGGAAAUCUUAAGCUAGAUUGCUAGACUUAACCAGUUUUCCAAGUCAUAGCGUAAGCUUUAAUUUUAAUUUAUUUCUUUAAAUUUUUCAUGAACCAUAGUUUUAAUAUAUAUUUAAUUAAUAUUGAGCCUGUUCAUAUGCAUUUUGAACAAGUUACUAAUACUUCAAACUUUAUUCUUUAAAAUUAUACUUUUAUGAUUUUCAAAACCACUUAUAUUAAACAAAAAAAUGUAUGCCUUUCUUCAUUCGAAACUCUUCAACACAAACUUAGAAUACACAUAUGCUCGAAAAUAAUUCCAAAAUAUUUCUUCAUAUGACUAAGAAAUUGUAAAUGUUUACUCAAUUAACUUAAAAAUACUUAAAAUUUUCAAAUAAUUAUUUGAAAUAUAAGAAGAGACAACAAAAACAACAAAUGAUAACAAAUAAAAACCAAUACAAGGGAGUUUAUAUACUAAAUAAAAGUAAAUAUUACAAAUUAUUGAAGAACUAAACCGAAAUUAAGUAAUUAUGCAUUUAAGCUAUUAAGCGAUUAAGCAUUUAAGGAUACAUAACAUACAUUAAUAAGUAGUUAAGCGUAAAUCUUUAAAAAUUAUACAAUAACUGUAAGCAAAUUACAACAGACAAGGGAGUUAUCAAACAAAAAUACAUAGGCAUAAACAUUAAAAUAAAAAUUAUAACGUCAAAGCAGCACAAGGGAAUAUUGAGAACAAAAACAUGUAAGAAAUAUUGUAGUUAUAAUAGUAAGCAAGAGAAUAUUAAAUAAGAAAGUUAUUUCAAUAUGAAUUAAAACAACAAUAGAAAUACAAAUAAAGGAAGAGACAGAAACCAAAUGUCAUACAGCACAGUUAUCGAAAAAAAGAAUCAAUAACUUAACACAUAAAUAAAUAAUUGAACAAAGGACAGUUGAGCAAAUUGCUAAACAUAUUACGUGCAAUGAAAUACACAAUACCAUUAGAUGACAAAUAAACGAGUAAGUGUAUAAUUGCCGAGUAAAGACAAAACUUUUCGAAUUUGAAAUAAUACUUAUGCUGAAGAAAAACCUAUAAAAUAACAAUAAGACGCCCAGAAAACUCUUUGAUUUUAGUUUUGAAAGUAACGCCCAAAAGUAGGCUAAGCUAAUACCAAGAGAGAUGCAUAUAACGGACACUAACCUUGCGCUUAGCCUACAUUUGUGCGCAGAGCAUACUAUUGCUGGAUUGCCGGAUAAUACCAAAAAAAAAGAUAAAAAUAAUUAAUUUUUUUGUUGUAGUGGUGUGAAAAACUGAAGCGAAAAGUGAAAUACGCGCAAUAAACUAUUUUACAACAGAAUAGUAAAGAGAACAUCAUCAA